UUGUGUUCCCUAACACCGGAAAGGAGCUUUGACUUUCUGAGGGUGAUUGUGAGACACAGAAGUGUGAAGAAGAAACCCUGCCACAGAAGUAAAAUAUGACUAAAAGCAAUGAAGAAGAGCCCAAGAUGGGGGGCAGGAUGGAGAGGUUGCAGCGAGGAGUCCGUAAACGCACGCUCUUGGCCAAGAAGAAAGUGCAGAAUAUCACAAAGGACGAUGUUAAAAGUUACCUGUUUCGGAAUGCUUUUGUGCUCCUCACUGUCACUGCUGUCAUUGUGGGUACAAUCCUUGGAUUUACUCUCCGACCGUACAAAAUGAGCUACCGGGAAGUCAAGUAUUUUGCCUUUCCUGGAGAACUUCUGAUGAGGAUGUUACAGAUGCUGGUCUUACCCCUUAUUGUCUCCAGUCUUGUCACAGGAAUGGCGGCCCUAGAUAGUAAGGCAUCAGGGAAGAUGGGAAUGCGAGCUGUAGUCUAUUACAUGACUACGACCAUCAUUGCCGUGGUGAUUGGCAUAAUCAUUGUCAUCAUCAUCCAUCCUGGGAAGGGCACAAAGGAAAACAUGCACAGAGAAGGCAAAAUUGUACAAGUGACAGCUGCAGACGCCUUCCUGGACUUGAUCAGGAAUAUGUUCCCUCCCAAUCUGGUGGAAGCCUGCUUUAAACAGUUUAAAACCAACUAUGAGAAGAGAAGCUUUAAAGUGCCCAUCCAGUCUAAUGAAACGUUCAUGGGUGCUGUGAUAAACAAUGUGUCAGAGGCCAUGGAGACGCUCACUCGAAUCAAAGAGGAGCUCAUCCCGGUUCCAGGAUCUGUGAAUGGAGUCAAUGCCCUGGGGCUCGUGGUCUUCUCCAUGUGCUUUGGUUUUGUGAUUGGAAACAUGAAGGAGCAGGGGCAAGCCCUGAGAGAGUUCUUUGAUUCUCUUAAUGAAGCCAUCAUGAGACUGGUAGCAGUGAUAAUGUGGUACGCCCCUCUCGGCAUCCUCUUCCUGAUUGCAGGGAAAAUUGUGGAGAUGGAAGACAUGGGAGUGAUUGGGGGGCAGCUUGCCAUGUACACAGUGACAGUCAUCGUCGGCUUACUCAUUCACGCGGUCAUUGUCCUGCCACUCCUCUACUUCUUGGUAACCCGUAAAAACCCGUGGGUUUUUAUUGGAGGCUUGCUGCAAGCACUCAUCACAGCUCUGGGAACCUCCUCAAGCUCUGCCACCCUACCCAUCACCUUCAAGUGCCUGGAGGAGAACAUUGGCGUGGACAAGCGUGUCACCAGAUUUGUGCUCCCUGUGGGGGCCACCAUUAACAUGGAUGGCACUGCCCUCUAUGAGGCUUUGGCUGCCAUUUUCAUUGCUCAAGUGAACAACUUUGAACUGAACUUUGGACAGAUUAUUACCAUCAGCAUCACAGCCACAGCGGCCAGUAUUGGGGCUGCUGGGAUUCCUCAGGCAGGCCUGGUCACCAUGGUCAUCGUGCUCACAUCUGUGGGACUGCCGACCGAUGACAUCACGCUCAUCAUUGCCGUGGACUGGUUCCUGGACCGCCUCCGUACCACCACCAACGUGCUGGGAGACUCCCUGGGAGCUGGCAUUGUGGAACACUUGUCACGACAUGAACUGAAGAACAAAGAUGUCGAAAUGGGUAACUCAGUGAUUGAAGAGAAUGAAAUGAAGAAACCUUAUCAGCUAAUUGCCCAGGAAAACGAAAAUGAGAAGCCUGUAGACAGUGAAACCAAGAUGUAGACUAACAUAAGGAAAUACU